UUGCAUUUUAUAAUCUGGUGUUUAUGUUAAUAUGCGCGGGAUUUUUUAUUUGGAUUUAUCGAUCCUAAUUUUGAAUUUUGUAAUUUUCUAGCCAUCUUGCAUGGUUUUUUCACUCUUUUGUAUAUUUACUUCAUGAGUUGGGUACCUCUGGGCACUACGAUUAGAAACCAUAGCAACAGUUACUAGGUAAGUCUAAACAAAUAUCACUGGAACUUUGUUGAAUCAUAGUUUGAAACACGGUAAUGUUGUCUGUCUAACAAUUUUGUAGAAACAUUUUGUCAAAAUUUACAACCUAACACAAUGUGAGAUAUUGUGCGUAAUGGGAAAUUUUAUUAGACGAUGCCUUCUAAACUCUGAAUCAGAUAUUGAAUUGGUGGAUAUCCUCAUAGUUGGAUUAGAAAGCACCGGCAAAACGGAAUUGGCCUAUAAAAUUUGCGGUGAAAUUCGAAACGAAUAUCUUAAAACGAAAGGAUGUCGUGUAUUCAACACAAACUCGGAUGGUACCAACAUACGUAUCACAGAAGUUGGUGGUGCAGCAGAGUUUUUAGAUAUUUGGAAAUAUUAUUUUCUAGAUAUGUAUGGGAUAAUAUUUGUAGUUGAUUCUUCCAGCGUACAUAACAUUUGCCAAUCAUACAAGAUUUUUAAAAAUCUUAUGGCGCAUGACUUUUUGGUUGGCAAACCCUUCCUAAUUAUUGCAAACAAACAAGAUGUGCCCGGUUCCGUAGAUUGUGUCGAUAUUUGUGAAUAUCUCGAUAUAGAAUAUUUAGCAAAUAAGUAUCGUAAUCCAUGCAUGAUUGAAGCAUGCGGCAAUUGGACUGGUUCUAUUAACGAAUACGACGGUCUAGAAUUUGGAAUAAGUUGGCUAGUUAAAACUAUCUCCGCAAAUAAGCAAUUCCUUAUAAAUAGAAUAAACUUUCAUAGAAUUAUGCUGGAACAUAGCUCUAAACUAUUCGAAAGUCAUCGUCCUUAUACUGGCACUCGAAGAAAGAGUUCGAGAUUCAGUUUCCGAGACACUCGCCCAAAAACCGCUCCUCCAACAACCAUGCUUUCGGAAAAUGGUAGCUACCUCACACGCCGCACUGCCACGAUAUCUACCAAAAGCGGCCAAAGUCAAGCAACCGACCUGGGAAUCAGUGAGCCCCCGAAUGAGUCGAACUCUAACACAGAGGGAUUAUCCGUUGUAGAAGAAGAAUUGCCUCAUAACGAACAAUUAGAAAGAAUAACAAUGAACAAAAAUCAUACAGAAACUGUUGUUGUCGUCACUAAUCGUACUCACGAAGAUUUGACUGUCGAGGACUUGUCGCUAACUUUGCAGCAGGUGGAAUUGAAUAAAACUGCAAACGGAGUUGCAUAAAAGCGUUUCAUCCAGAACGUGUAGUGCCAAAGCCCCAAGUUUAGAGUGUCUAAUAUGCAGUAUACAAAAUGUAAAUACAUUUUAUGAGUAAGCAAGUAAACAGUUUCACUACAGAUACAGUUAUAUCAGAACAGUUUAAAGCUCAUUUUUUUGACAAAAAUCAAAGAAAAUCUAUAGGGGAAAUAUACCUUUUCUAAUCAAA